GGGACGAAGAAGCAAGCUACAUCUUUCAUCACGUCGAUCGUAGCGAGUAGCUGAUGUCACAAUUGACCAGCAACCUCUGCUUAUUACGUUGUGUCUGUUUAGCCCAGCCAAGCAGAUGAGACAAAUGAGACGCAGAAUGGCCGGGCCUUUGCGAUGUUCGUGUUAUGAUGCUAUGUGAUCUACCAACUAGGCAAUCGGCCUCAGUGCCGAUGUCCGCUAUGACAUAGCACACUGUUCGUGACAAAGGCGUGCGUCGAGGUAUAUAACACAUAGAGGAGCCUGUGCCAUAGUCGUCGAGGAUGACACGUCUGCAAGACUAUAAUUAUUAUCAGCUAUAUUGAGUUUCCAUGAGUAUUAGCAAUCAUGGCGUCGUCGAUUAACAUUGAUGCGCCUGGGGCCUAUCCCGCCACACCCGGAAAUGAAGAGCCGAUGCAGCAAACACUCUCCAGCAGCCGCAACUACACGCAGGAAAUACCACGCAACAUGGGUGACGAUGUGCAUUCCAGCGGUCACUAUUUGAAGAACUCGGGCAUCUAUGCCGAUGGUCCGACCUUGAACGGCGAGACAACCAAGCGAGAUGCUAUGACUGCACAGCCCAGCGGCCGCAACUACACCGAAACAUCACGCAUCGCAGGCCAUGGCCCACAAUCCAGUGGCCGCCACUUCAAGAACUCUGGCAUGUCUGCCGAAGAUUCAACUCUAAGUGGUGAGAGCACCAAGCCAGGUGUUAUGACUGGUGCACACAGCCGUGUAGAACCCAAAGACAGCUCGUUCGCAACAAACAGCAACUACACGUUCGGUAACAACAUUAACAACAACAUUAUCAACGACCGUAAUAAUAGCAAAACUAGCGAGCCGUCGGCACGCGGUACUGGGUUGCACCAAUUCGAGGCUGCUGGAGCACUUGACAUCCCAACCAAUAUUAUCCCGCCAGCAAACACACCCCUUGGCGAUGUCAACAAUACGAACUCUGGCAUCAACACCACGACCAAUGCACCUGAAGACCACAACAAAGUCCAAGCUAGUCUACGCGGAAAAUCUAGCACUAACAAUACCGAGCCAUAUUGGGGUAGUAUCCCCUUCGGCGCUGGUGUCUACAACGGCGUCGCCGGUCACGGCAGUGAUGAAACAGCGACGCACCAGCACCACAAUGGAGCUACCGGAUAUGGUAUUGCACCAACCACUCAACAGAGAGCUUUGGAUGAUACAAGCAACCCAGCGACCACUCACGAGCGAUCUCUGGAGGACUCAAGCAGUAACAGACCAAUGAGCACCGGUGUCUACAACGGCGUAGUCGGGCAUGGGAGCAACGAGUCCACAAGUCCGCGUACAUCUCGGUUCGGCGAAGAUAUUUCUACGGAUGACUCUUCUCGCAACCAAAGGGCGUUGCCCCUCACUAGUAACGUAGACUCAAAGACCGACGCAAAAUAUAAAGACACAGAAGAGAACAAGAAAGAUUCUCACUACAAAGAAGCCCUCGCCGGUGCAGGUGCGGCUUGGGCUGGUGGCUAUGCAGCCAACGAGUACUCCAAGAGAGAUCGCACAAGCGAGCCCAAGACUACGGAUCAGAAGUACAAGGAGGAGAUCCCCAAGCAGAAGGAUCAGACCAAAACAUACGCUGCUGUUGAGCCUCGACACCACAAACACAAACAAUCUACUCCACUGACCACUCAACCCGACAAGGAUCAGACGCUGCAGAGACAGCAGCUCCUCGCAACAGAAAACCAGGAUAAGAAGGCAGAUGAUUCAAAACUUGGAUACUACGGCGCCGCUGCCGCUGGUGUUGGAGCCGGUGCAUACGGCAUGCAUAAGUAUGCCAACCGUGACAGCGCUGGAGACCAACCACUUGAGCAGGACCGGGGAUUAGAGACACAGAAGCCUCUUGAUACAUUUAACAACAGCAAGGCAACUAAUUCAAGCCGCGAAUAUUACGGCGCAGCUGCUCCGGUAGCACAGCAAUCUGAUAGGAGUCACAUGCGAGAGCCGCAGCAAUCUCUUAGCUCAUACAACAAUGUCAACACAGCUGGAGGUCCUGCCCGCGAUACGUACGGUACGGCCCCAUUAAACCGUCACUCCGAGACCAACCCAAUGCGAGAGACAUCGCAGCCUCUCGGCACAAGGGACAGCAACACCAACAAAGAUGAUUCGAACCUCGGAUACUACGGCGCCGCCGUCGCCGCCGCUGGAGCCGGGACCUACGGCAUGCACAAAUACGCCAACCGCGACCGCGAACAGGAGCGCGCGGCUGCGCCAGAGGACAAGGAGGCGUUCGGUUUACCAGCUACGUCCCACGCUGUACGCGACAGCUCAAGGAAUGAACCAUACGCGAUGACAUCGGACAGGAGAGUUGAAGACAAGCAACCGCAGUACAAUAGCUUGUCGGACGGCACUCUCUCUGGCAUCGCUACUAAGGACAAUGAUUUGCGACAAUCGCAGAUGCCUGCGACAUCUGUGCCAUCUAAUGGCAGCCAGUCGAAGUACAAUACAUUGUCGGAUGGCACAUACUCAGGCAUUGCCACCGAGCCCUUCAACGACGAUAUUUCGCGCCAAUCUGAGGCGGACGCUCCAUCUACUCAGCACUCGCAGUACAACAAAUUGUCCGACGGUACAGACUCCAGCAUCGCGUCUGAUGCGAAGCAAACCACAACUCUGCCUAUCCGCACCCAGAAACCCGAGUCAGCUACGCGCGAGCAGCAGUCUCAGUACAACAAGCUUUCAGACGGAACCGACUCAGGUGUCACACGAGGAGAGCCAUUCGCCAGUAGCAUCGCGAACACUGAGGGCAAGAGCCGCGGUGUGGUAGCGCCCAUCAGCACCGACAUUCCCUCGAGCACCGCCCACAGCAAGGUCCAGGAUACCGGCCGCUCGUCUUCGGACUCUUCACACGGCGGACAGUACAAUGUCUUGUCCUCUGGUACCCCGUCUGGUAUCAAUUUAGAGACUAACGAGCACGCCCGGUUUCACCGUGGUCAUUAAAGGGUGACUACCUCUUAAUGAUCAUUUGAUAGUGUAUGAUUUGAUUCAUGUUGGGAUAGGGGUAUAUGAAAGCAAGUGUAUUUUGAUAAUGUUUAUAGUAGCAUGAUAGUAAUGAAAUGGCACGAUUCUAGUUCAUGGAAACCGACU